UCAGUAGGUCUAGGUGACGCCCAGGAAUCUGCACUUUUAGAAGCACUCCAGUGAUUAUGAUGCAGGUGACUGUGAACUGCGUUGUGAAAAACACCUUACCAGCCUUGUCUGCUGCCUCCCUCUUGGGUGCCCCUGCAGGGCCACACAGCUCUUUAGGUGGAGGGUUCAUUAGAAUGGAGCUUGUUAGGAUGAAGCCUGUGUGUGGAUAAGAGUGCAGGUAAAAGAGCUGUGCCUGGAAUGUGGGUCAGAACAUUAUUGGCUCCUAGUACAGAACCCGGGAAGUAGAUCUAUGAAAGACUGACCUUCCUUCCAGAAGCUCAGCUCACAUUCUCCUUGUCAAGAGACCAGAACCAGAAUUGAAGUCACUUCAUCCAGAGCGAUUUUCUAGGUCUUCCUGUAUGUUGCUUCCUCAGCAGAUAAUUUCAUCCUGAGAGUAAAUGCAAAGGAAGACAGAAAAAAAGGAGCUGACAUUUAACUUCAGCAAAAAAAAAAAAAAAAGAAAAAGAAAAAGAAAAAGAAAAAAAAGAAAGAAAGACAGACAGACAAGAUUCUUGUGUAAAUUCUUUGGUGUUGGUUUUCUCCAAACAAUGGAUUGGUUGCCGUGGUCCCUGUUGCUUCUCUCGCUCGCGUGUGAUUCUCACGCCUUCUACGUCCCUGGGGUUGCACCAAUCAACUUCCACCAGAACGACCCUGUAGAAAUCAAGGCUGUGAAGCUCACCAGCUCUCGAACCCAGCUACCUUAUGAAUACUACUCGCUGCCCUUCUGCCAGCCCAGCAAAAUAACCUACAAGGCAGAGAAUCUCGGAGAGGUGCUGAGAGGGGACCGGAUUGUCAACACCCCUUUCCAGGUGCUAAUGAACAGCGAAAAGAAGUGUGAAGUUCUGUGUAGCCAGUCCAACAAGCCAGUGACCCUGACCGUGGAACAGAGCCGGCUUGUGGCCGAGCGGAUCACGGAAGACUACUAUGUCCACCUCAUUGCCGAUAACCUGCCUGUGGCCACCCGGCUGGAGCUCUACUCCAACCGCGAAGGCGAUGACAAGAAGAAGGAAAAGGAUGUGCAGUUUGAGCAUGGCUACCGGCUUGGCUUCACGGAUGUCAACAAGAUCUACCUGCACAAUCACCUCUCGUUCAUCCUUUACUACCACCGGGAGGACCUGGAAGAGGACCAGGAGCACACAUACCGCGUCGUCCGCUUCGAGGUGAUUCCCCAGAGCAUCAGGCUGGAGGACAUCAAAGCAGACGAGAAGAGUUCUUGCACCCUGCCUGAGGGCACCAGCUCCUCGCCCCAGGAAAUUGACCCCACCAAGGAGAAUCAGCUGUACUUCACCUACUCUGUACACUGGGAGGAAAGUGACAUCAAAUGGGCCUCUCGGUGGGACACUUACCUGACCAUGAGUGAUGUGCAAAUCCACUGGUUUUCUAUCAUUAACUCCGUCGUGGUGGUCUUCUUCCUAUCAGGCAUCCUGAGCAUGAUCAUCAUUCGGACCCUCCGGAAGGACAUCGCCAACUAUAACAAGGAGGAUGACAUUGAAGACACCAUGGAAGAGUCUGGGUGGAAGCUGGUUCAUGGUGAUGUCUUCAGGCCCCCCCAGUACCCCAUGAUCCUCAGCUCCCUCCUGGGCUCAGGCAUUCAGCUCUUCUGUAUGAUCCUCAUAGUCAUCUUCGUGGCCAUGCUCGGGAUGCUGUCGCCCUCCAGCCGGGGAGCUCUCAUGACCACGGCCUGCUUCCUCUUCAUGUUCAUGGGGGUGUUUGGUGGAUUUUCUGCUGGCCGUCUGUACCGCACUCUAAAAGGCCAUCGGUGGAAGAAAGGAGCCUUCUGUACGGCAACGCUGUACCCUGGUGUGGUUUUUGGCAUCUGCUUCGUUUUGAAUUGCUUCAUCUGGGGAAAGCACUCAUCAGGAGCAGUACCCUUCCCCACCAUGGUGGCCCUGCUGUGCAUGUGGUUCGGGAUCUCCCUGCCCCUUGUCUACCUGGGCUACUACUUCGGCUUCCGCAAGCAGCCAUAUGACAACCCUGUGCGCACCAACCAGAUUCCCCGGCAGAUCCCCGAACAGCGGUGGUACAUGAACCGAUUUGUUGGCAUUCUCAUGGCUGGGAUCCUGCCCUUCGGCGCCAUGUUCAUCGAGCUCUUCUUCAUUUUCAGUGCAAUCUGGGAGAAUCAGUUCUAUUACCUUUUUGGCUUCCUGUUCCUUGUCUUCAUCAUCCUGGUGGUGUCGUGUUCACAAAUCAGCAUCGUCAUGGUGUACUUCCAGCUCUGUGCAGAGGAUUACCGCUGGUGGUGGAGGAAUUUCCUAGUCUCCGGGGGAUCUGCGUUCUACGUCCUUGUCUAUGCCAUCUUUUAUUUUGUUAACAAGCUGUGGAACCAUGGGUGCUGUUGGACCCCUCUGUCCCCCAUCUGUGGCUGGUUAAAAACCUGCCAUGGUGGUCAUGAGCACUCAAGGCGGUACCCGGGCCCUGCUGCCGAUGAAGGCUCGCCAUGGCUCUGGACAUCGUCGAGUUCAUCCCCUCUCUCCUGUACUUUGGCUACACGGCCCUCAUGGUCCUGUCCUUCUGGCUUCUCACGGGCACCAUUGGCUUCUAUGCAGCCUACAUGUUUGUCCGCAAGAUCUACGCUGCUGUGAAGAUAGACUGAUGGGGGUGGACCAUGGCCAGGCCCACUCUGUCCACGGACAGGAAGCCACUCUGCGUGGGGAACUGCAGGCACGCAAAUAAAAUAACUCCUGCUCGUUUGGAAUGUAACUCCUGGCACAGUGUUCCUGGAUCCCGGGGCUGCGUGGGGGGCGGGAGGGCCUGUAGAUAAAUCUUGGACUUUUCUUCAUCAAUUUAUUCCAGUUCUGUGGGGGAUGAGGUUUUUGUGGGUGGUUUUUUCUUCAGUGCUACGAAAGUUCCCUCCAGCAGGAACUCUCAGACCUGUUUAUUCAGGUUUAUUUUUGGUUGGGGGUUUUUUCCUUAGUUUUUUUAACGUAAGGAUCCAGGAUGGAUAAAUCACCAAGACACUGGGUUUGGUCACUGUCUCCACCUCAGUUCCUCAGGCUGUUGGCCACCCCACAACUAACUGGAAGAGGAAACGCCUGGCCUUCUGGGGCUUCGGUGAGGUUUCCGAGCCUCUCACGGCCCAUCCUCACCUCUGAUGCCGCGACAAAGCCCAGCUCUAGCCCGGACGUGCAUCCUCAGUGCCGACCAGCCUCUACCAGCCCUCUCCCUCACUCUUCUCUCCCCCCAACCUCCUCCCAGGGCUGCCCAAAGCAGGGCUUCCAGCCAGGCCUCCAGGGUGACCAAGUCUUAUUGCUACAAGAAAAACCCCGGGAAGUACUUGGGGCCAAGUGCCCCAGGACAGCAGGACUCACCCCUGCUCGGAGCAGCGGGAGUUUGCUGGACCAGAGAAGAGACUUGCAGUGAACUGUGUGUGCCAAGAAACCCUGGAUCCAGGGCCAAGCAUUUACAGAGUCAAGCCAAGCAUCCACGUGUCUGUCUGGGACAAGGGUCCUCACCCCUCAGGAUUGCUCCCCAGUUCUUUCCCCGGGGGGUUGCUGCUCUUUGCGAAGUGUGCUGGUGGCGGGCCCUCUCCACUCCCCCUACCAGCACAGAAUAAGGCCGGGAGACCUCAGAUGCCCUCCUUCAGGUGGCUGGGGAGAGAGGCGUUCUAUCCCUGACAUCCCCCAGCCUCAGUGCUCAUGCUCAGCUCUUUCAGCCAGACCCAUCCCCUCCGCCUCCACCUCCAUCUCCUGUCUGUCUGAUUCUUGCCUCCUUGGGUGACACCUGCUUGUGGGAAGGAAGACGGAAGGUCAGUUCUGUCAGUCUUUCCCCGAUUCCCAGGAAUAGGCAAAGAGCCAAGUUAGAAAGAGGGAGCUAGCUUUGCAAGCCUGGCUCCUCUGUCAGCACCCAACCCCCUGUGCACCCUGUGCAUGUCCCAAACCAAACAUUUGUUCUUAAGUUGCAAGAGGCCAAACCCACCCUGGGGUUAGUGUUUAAGUAACAGCCGCUCACCCUUGCAUCAGCCCCUUUGGGACUCCCACCACAAGACAAAGCUCAGGAUGCUGGCUAAGCUCGGAACACACCCCACCCCCAUGACACCCUGCACCCCGACUCCAGGUUCUCCCAGCAGCCCCUACCAGCUCCACCAGUCAAACCAGUGGACUUCUCAACCUUGCUCACAGUGACUCCGUAGCGCCAAACGGUGUCCACCAAGAAUCAGGUUGGAGAAAAGGGAACCCAAGCAGUAGAGAAUGAUAAUGGAGGCUUUUGUUCAUUCAAAUCUCGGAUUUUUUCCCUAAGAGAUUCUCUUUUUUGGGGGUGGGGGGAAUUAGGAAAUGGACUCCUCAUAAAAGGUUCAAACAUCAUCAAUUUUUCUGACUUUUUUAAUCAUCAUCAUUAUUAUUUUUAAUUAAAAGAUGCCUGUAUGCCUUUUUUUGGUCCGAUUGUAAAUAAAUAUGCCAUUGACCUGUU